AUGAACUCAACAACAAACGGUCCAACAUUUGGUAACAUGAUGAAACAAGGAAUACAAUCGUUUAUGGAAGGAAAAAAUUCACAAUUAAAGCGUUCAAAAGAUUCAUAUUUUGCAGUGCUAAAGUAUAACACUCUUUUUAUGUAUGAUAGCGAAAGACAAUUAGAUUGCAAGGGUAUAAUAAUUAUAUCAAAUCAUAACGUAUCAAUAUAUCCAGAAAAUUUACCAGAUAAUGAGAUUUUUUCAAAAGCAACUUCGAUAAGAUUAAAAACAAAACAAUCAGUUUAUGAUGAUAUGAAAAUUGACAUAGAUGAUACUACUUAUUAUUUAUUUUGUAAUGUGGCAGUGGAAAAAGAAGAUUGGUAUUUUGUUUUGCAAAAAUCAUCAAAACUUGAGUCAAAUUCACCUGGACCUCAACCACAAGUUGUAAGGGAUAAAGCACAAUUUGAUCAAUUUUCAAUGAAUCAUCUUUUGAAAACUUUAUAUUCAAAUGAUGAACAUAUUGAAACACAAUGGUUGAAUGCUAUUUUAGGACGCGUAUUCCUUUCGGUGUACAAAACUCAAGCUGUCAAAGAUCACUUUGUUCGAAAAUUGAUCAGAAAGGUUAAAAAGAUAAAAAAACCGAGUUUUUUAAGCGAUAUUCAUAUCAAAUCGGUGGAAGUUGGAGACGGUGUGCCAUAUUUGACCAAUCCCAGAUUAGCCAAGUUGGAUAUAAACGGUGGUUUAAGUGUCGAUGUGGAUCUUGAUUAUAAUGGCGGAUUUCGUGUAGAAAUUGAAACCGAAGCAAUAAUUGCAGUUACAAAGUUAAAAACCAUCAAAUUACCUGUUGUGCUUGCUGUAGUUUUAAGAGGUUUACAGGGAAGGUUAUUAUUAAGAAUCAAACCUCCGCCAACCAAUAGAAUAUGGACAGGGUUUUAUGAAAUGCCAAAGUUAGAUUUACUAAUUGAACCUUCGCCUUUCCAAACAAUGGUUUUAUUAAUUACAGCAAAUGCUUUUUCAACAAAUUCUUGGACAGUGUGA